AUGGCGGGCGUAGUACCUGGAGGCGUAUCAACUUCCACCAGCAUUUCAAUACUGCCGUCUCAAGAUGCCAAUCCCGGUCCCGAUCCCAAUCCUAACAAUGGUCCCGGCAUCGGCGGCGGCCCUGGGGGGUCUGGAAGCACCGCGAAUGGCUCGCCAACACCAACAUCUUCGGUAGACAUUCUGCCUCCGCAAGUUUCACCUACAAGCUCUUUAGAUGCCCUCCCAUCACCCACAGUCAUUGUCUUCAACGAUGCAGCCAAUUUCGGGAACGAACCUGCAGGGCGAGUCUUCUUCACCAGCAGCCAGACCAAAGCUUUUUCGUGGAGAAUCGGCAACAGCACGACGACGCCCUUGGAUAUUUCCUGGUAUGGAAUGCCUUUUGCCUCGGGACAACCUUUCGAUAUUUCUCAGGCAAAGGUCAUUACUCGUGCCAAAUUCGGCGGUUCUAGGCCCGGAACCGAGAUUGUUAGCCUGAGCACCUCAAACGCAACACUUAACCUCACAAGCUCCGCAUUACUUUCAGGCGACUGGUAUAAGAAGGACAUGGUUAUCAAAAUCGAUUGGAAAACAAAAAACGGAAACCUGGGCUUCACACAAUCUGGUGUCUUUACCGUUGCCAACUCAACCACCUCGAUCGACGCAGAUCUGUUUGGCGAGCGAGAAGCGACCGACAAUGACCAAGACCGUCGAGGAGGCGAGGCUGUUACCUCGUCCGUCAGCAACCCGACCCUGCCCACCAGCGGACCUUCUGACGGCAACGGCAACGGCAUCGGAGGCAGCAGCAGCGGAGACAGUAGUGGGGGAGGCGGCGGCGGCGGCGGCGGGCUCAGCACGGGCGCCAUCGCCGGCAUUGCCGUGGCGUGCUCCGUCGUUGGCAUCCUCCUCAUCGGUGGCCUCGUGUGGUUCCUCCUUCGCCGCCGCCGGAGACGCCAUUUCGACCAGGGCUACAAUGCUACCGGCCAGACUACCAACUCUUUCAUCGCAACCAAAGAAGUCCAGGCUUCGGUCGCCGAGUCGCCCAUCAUCUCCCCCUUUUCCGACGACGGCACCCGUACCGGCUCCACCAAUGCAAUGCUGCCUCUUCAGACGACCAUCGCAGGGACGCUGGCGGGCGGGCGGGCGCCUACUCACGAUGAUGAGGUGGACCGUCCAGGCAGCUCUGCGUCAGACAACAACAACAACAACAACAGGUCACGCAACAUUGCUCACCUUGUCGAAGAGGGCAUGACAGAGGCCGAUAUCCUGCGACUGGAAGAGGAAGAGCGGCAUCUCGACGCUGAGAUUGAACGUGCGGCCCGGAGGACAUCCACUUGA